AUGGCUUUCAACAAGAAAUAUGCUGGUCUGCCAGACUUAGACCCCGCGCCAGAUAUCUAUGAGACCCCUGACCUGACCGACGAAGCGUCUACCGUCCCCACCACAACAGUUCGCACAGAAUCCGACCAAGACGAUGCGGGCUCUAAUUCCGACAUUGAUCGCGAAGGCGUUAAUGCCGACGAAGCUCGUGCACACUUCAUGGGCGCAGCAGUCGAUGCCCGCGACACCAAUUUCUCCGACAGCAUUUCAAUGAAGCGCCAAGCAUACCGAAGUAAAGAUAAAUCUCAGCGUCGGCGACGAAGACGUGAGGAUGGCACCGAAGAAGUUGGCGACCUGAGUGACAGCGAAGACGAGUCAAUGGAACGGCGACUAGCUCGUCUGCGACGAGAGGUGGAGGAUCUGAAAGUGGAAAUGUCAAAUAAAGCCUCACUGGAGAAAAAAGUGGUUUAUAGCGGAUCGACUGGACCUACAAGCGAGCCAAAAGCUGAAGACCGGGAACUUGGAGAUGGUGUAGCGGAGCUGAGUUGCGCAUUGGACAAUUUGCAUGCGCAGUCCCGAGGUGCUUCAAAUACAUCUUUCUCGGCUGCUGUGGCUCUUUCAAAGAAACUUGCAUCGGAUUCACCGGCACCAAAACCUGAUGGAAAGCAACCGCAACAACAGUCCCAGAAGGAGGGAGCUGCUUCUUCGGCUACCACAACAGUCCCCAUUGAGACAAGUUUACCAGCAGCUGGAAUUCUUUCCCACGCAGCUGCGUUCGAAAGCCGAUUGGCACUUCUGGAAACGUCAGUGGGAAUCUCAAGCGCCUCAAAUCCCUUUGUCGGAGACGGACUCAGCGAGCCCUCUCUACAACCUGUCCUCCCAGCUCUAGAUCAACUGACAUCUCGACUCGGCGCUCUUACUGGUCUUCUCGUGGGCACAAACCCAUCAUCCGGGAUUCCUACCGCCGUCCCAGGACUGACAACGCCACAUCUCGAAGCACUCUCAUCUCGAGUCCGCAAGUUAACAACGGAUGCCGAAGCACUAGCCUCCGCUCGCAAGCGCGCAGCCGAAACAGCCAAAGCAGCACAAUCAGCCCGCAUGGCUUCUUCGGGAUCGAAUGAGACUCCCGCUCCAUCUAAUGCUGACGGCUCCUCCCCCGCUGAUGACGAGCACACUGCCAAGAUUCAGGCUUUAUAUGCCACACUCCCGACCAUCCAGUCCCUACACCCUCUUCUUCCCAGUGUGUUGGAGCGGCUUCGCUCAUUGCGUGCCUGUCACGCCGGUGCUGCACAGGCUGCUGACUCGCUUAACGAGCUAGAAAAGCGACACGCAGAAAUGGCCUCGGAGAUUGAGCAGUGGCGCGAGGGUCUCGCUACUGUUGAGGAGAAGAUGGGUCAAGGCGAGGCGGCCUUGCGGUCGAAUGUUGAGACUGUUGAGCCUUGGGUACGUGAACUGGAGUCACGUAUGGCUCGGCUGGAGGGUCCGCCUGGUGGACUUUAA